AUGUCCAAAGCUUGGAGACUCCGCACCCCACGGAGCACGUGGUGGAAGGAGUACCAACAAACUCAGACCUUCGACCAGUUUAAGUGUGCAGUGCCAUUCCGACCCAACACAGUGUCCUCGAUUCAGGUAGCCAUCGUUGGGGACGAAGAGCUUGUUGCUCGACAAAUGAGCCUGGAACAGAUUCUGAAGCACGUUGAGGUCUUCAUGGGCUUCAAAGUCAUUCAGCGAGGAGGUUUAGAGAAUCCAAUGCCGCGGAUGCGCUUGAGCGCUGCUGGGCAGCGCACUUCGGUUGAUGGAGUGCCUCAAAUUGGAGCGCAUUAUGUGCUGGCCUUUUUGCAAGGCUUUGUUGAUCCGCGUGCGGCGUGUACUUUGGCAAUUACCCCUGUGGACCUGUACCCACCGCAGCACUAUGACUACGUCACUGGCAUGACUGACCCUGGAGAUCGACUGGGGCUUUACUCCAGCGCGAGGCUCUAUGUAGACCACCUCUCAACCCACCGCCUUAGUUGGGGUGCACUAGCAGAUUGCGUUUCGGACUGCGUGCACCUCCAUCAGAUGGUGCGAAGCCGACGCCUGGAACUCUCAAAGGCUUUUGCCAAGCUGCUUUGUCGGGAAAGCCUCAAGCUUUGUGGAGCGCAAGAAUGCAGCUUGCUGUACUGCCUCAUGAAUCCUCUUCCUGAGACAGAUGGACACGUGCCAGAGGCCAUUGCCCAGCUUCCCUUCUCGCUGUGCUGCAUUUGCCUGCGGAAAUUGCAGUGGCUCUCACAGGUGGACUUGCUUGACCGCUACUCUCGCAUCCCACCGAUCAUAAACAGCUGGUUCUUCGAGGAGCAAAUCCGCAAAGUUCCGUACUGUGUCAGCUGUCAGAAUGCCCUUUUCCAUAUACAAUACACAUAUAACACAUUCACAGAUACAUAUAUUUAUAUUAAAUAUAAAAAUAAUGAUAACCUUGUCAUUUUUGUUCCGUGA